UUGGGCAUGCGUCCCCCAUUGUCCCUAUAAAGGCCAAGCUGCCAACGAAGCUUCACCCACCUCUUCCCAUUUGAGAGACCCACGCCAACACGCCAUGGCCUCCAUCAACACUUGGUCUAUCUUCUUCCUCCUCCUGCUCGCCAUCACCGCUCAAUCUGAUGAUUGUGUCUACACGGUCUACAUCCGAACCGGGUCGAUAAUUAAGGGCGGCACGGACUCCAUCAUCAGCCUGAGGCUCUACGAUGUGCACGGUGAGGGACUUUGGAUCAAGGACCUCGAGGCAUGGGGAGGGCUGAUGGAGCCGGGCCACAACUACUACGAGAGGGGCAACUUGGACAUCUUCAGCGGCCGGGGCCCGUGCCUCAGCGCCCCCAUCUGCGCCCUGAACCUGACCUCAGAUGGGUCAGGCCUGCACCACGGGUGGUACUGCAACUACGUGGAGGUAACUACCACCGGUGUCCACACGUCCUGCUCGCAGCAGAAGUUCACGGUGGAGCAAUGGCUGGCCAUCGACGUGACUCCGUUCGAGCUCACUGCGAUCAGGAAUCACUGUCCGUCGGAUCUAGAUGGGGUCGGUGGUAGUGGUAAGAUCGAGUCGCGUGUGGAUGUAGAUGCUGUGAUGUAAGUUUGUAGUGGACAUUGUCAUGGUAAUUCAAAUAAAUGAGAUGUGAUCUGUCGUCUAAUGUGAAUGUAGUCUAAUUUAGUAAAUCUCAUGGUCUUUGGUAACUUUCCUUGUUUUCACUACUUACUUAUUAUGAUAAGGACAUGCCUUUUUAA